GAGCCCCAAGUUGAUGUUACCCAGGCAUCCCACUAUGUCCCUCGACAGGGCUUUCGCUGCCAUUUCUCAUCCGCCAUCAUGGUCCUCCCGACCCCGCCAGAGCUGACACCAGAGAAGGAGCCUGUCCUCCGAGUGCACCCCCCGCACAAUUUCCCACGUAUCCUUCCGCGUGGGCUCGUGCCUUUGGUCGAGUUUACCGUCGUGAAUGGCGUCACUCACGGUUUGUUCAUUGCGCUGCUGGCGUUGAUCGGAAUCAUAGCCUGGAUCUACUACCAUGGCUUUUGGUACGUCAACGCAGCGAUCGUCGUGGCGUAUAUGCCCACGUAUUUCAACGGUGCCAGCGAUAAAGUCCUGCCGUCCCAGGGUAGUUUGAACUGGGACGCCAUUCGUACCCACAGAUUUUGGCAUAUUGUCCAACGUCAUUUCCGCCUGGAGUGCGUUCGAGUGAAUCGUUUAAACAGGACCAACCGAUACUUCUUUGGGCUGCAUUCGAACACCUCCACCUCCCGCUCGGGAAGCCUCUCGCGUUGUGGUGGCAUGUGGGCGGCGCUCUUCCCUGACCACCCCACCAGAACACUAGUGUCAACGCCGUACUUUUAUAUCCCGUUCCUGCGGGACUUGCUACUGUGGCUUGGAUGUGUCGAAGCGACAGAAGGCGUCGCCCACGAAGCGCUGCACAAUGGUGUGAGCCUCCUGCAGUGUCUCUAUGAUGUUCGCAUCGACCAAAGAGAGGCCAUGGAUCGAACCAACGACGCGUUCUUGGUAGUCGAUCCACAGUCCCAGCUUUCGCUGACGUUUGUCAGGAUUGCAAUGAUGCAUGGGGUAUCGCUCGUCCCGGUCUUGGCUCUCGACACGUCGCAUCGCGACAAUUCAACUCCGACGUCGCACUGGAGUGCAUUGCUUCCGAGGUGUCUUGUUCAACUCAUCGAAGUAUACUCGAGUGUGGACCGGGUGCGCACAAGGCCCAAGGCGAACGUUGUGGUUGUGUUUGGUUCGCCCAUACCUGUAUGGAUACCCCAUCAAGAACCCAUCUUCUGUCCCCAACUACGUCCUCAUCGUCGUUGGCGGCAGGUCGAGCGCAAUGCACACCCCUCGCAAGACGAGGUGCAGGAAGUUCACGCAGUCUAUGUCGAGCACCUUCGCGACCUCUUCGUUGCUUGCCAACGAUUGCACCAAGAGUCAUGACCCAGGUGUGGGUGGAAUAUUUUAAUUCAUACUUAUCUUGUAGUUUAUACGUAAUCUAUUUGAAAUUCCAAA